AUGGGAUGGAAGUUGACGAGGAGAUCACGACUGCUCCCAACCGCCCUCCGGCGCACAGCUUCGGAUCCGGCCAAGAAGCGCCUCAAGGAAGAGGUGGGUGAUGGUGAAACCUCCACUGUGGCUGCAUCUUCUUCCACCGGUUCAGGCCGCGCUACACCACAGUACGAGGAGAAGCUUGCAGCCCACCAAGCUGGUCAGUGCCGUCCCUGCGGAUACUUCAAUGUGAAGGGUGAUGGAUGCCGCCUGGGGGACGACUGUCAGUACUGCCACUUCUGCACGGAGCAGGACUUGAAAAGCCGCAAGCGCAGCUCCAAGCGCAAAGCCCGCUCGGAAAAGCGUGCUGCUGCGUGCAUUGCCCGAGCAGCAGACAUCAAUCCAGGGGCAGAAGAGGAUGAUUAUGAGGACUUGUGGUUCUUUGCCAAAUAAGAAAGCUCGCGCAGAGGAACGCAAGAAUGACGACAGCCUGUUCUGAUGAGCAGGUGCGGGUUCAGGAACAGACGCCGCACGUGUGCUUCCACCAUUUCUUGGGCUUUUGCAACGGGUGUGGGUGAAUAUGUCAAAGAAUAGUUGGCCACUUUCUUUUGAGGGCCAACAUCUGCAUCGAAGCUCUUGUGGGGUGUGAACUUCAGCAGUGGGGUGCCACAAACGGAGCACCGACCGCCGUCCUGUUCGGCCCCGGUCGGUCGGGACUGAGCCCGAGUGCCGAGCCUUCGUGUGUGCCGAGCUGAAGGGGGUUUCACCCUCCCAAGCCCACGAGCCAAGUUUGAACUCCUUAACGUGGGUGCGAAUUAAAGAGUGAGACCUCCCAAAGACUCCCUGGAAGGUUCGGAACAUAGAACUGUCUACCCAGCCGGGGGCUGGGGAGACCCCGGAUUGAACAGUCUCCAACACGGGGUUUUCUGUGUGCAUGUUUCGGUCCGAAGAAUCGUUCCCUACAGCCCCUGCAUCCUGCUGCUCGAUUUGAGGCCAGCUACACCUGCGCGGCACGGGUUACGAUCAUUUCUGUUUACG